UACUAAUACAAGAAGUUGCUAUUAAAUUAACUCUUAAGUUGUAUAAGAAAUAAAACACCCUGAAAGCAGAUCACAUUCGAACACUGUCGAAAAGUAAAGAAGACGGUGCGUUUUGUCCCAAGAGAAGACGACCACAGGCGAAUUCAUUUCGUAUCGCCAGCCAGCUCGUCCGCCUCCGAUCAGCUGUUAUUGUGCACCGUUUGAACGCCUUGUUAUGUAGAACGUCGCCGUUCUCCGUUGUUUGCCGUUCAUGUGCAGUGAACAGAAGUGAAUGGAAGAUGUCAGCGGCGUUGGAAUUGCUCCUUGGGGGCCAGGUGGUGCCCCAAAUGCUAAUCGAGUGGUUAGAUGGUUUGCCAGUGAAAGGAAUCCUGGGAGAUUUGGCAUCGCAGCGCAUAGAAUUUAUCCCAGUGUUUUUAAAUUUCCUUCGGGAUCAGUCUAGUAGCAUUCUGCAGAUUGGACUGACAGGUGGUCUGACUCCAAAUAAAUGUUCCAGCUUGGUACGUGCUAUCAAGUACGUCUCCCCAGGGAAAGACCCUGGAGUGAGAAGUCGUGCACGAAAGAACUACACGUCGGUACGAGCAAAAACACUGAAGUUUUUAGAGUCUCCAGACAAGAAUGGGAAACUUGGAGAAAGUACAAGUGUCCCUGAUGUAGGGCAAUUGCUACGUGAGGCAGAAUACCCGUUGACAGUUAACAGAAGUGCUGUGACUUCUUGUCUCAACAAAACCCUUUAUUGUUCUACACCUAAAGGAACAGGAGAUAGAACUAAGUCACCAAAUCAACAAGGAUAUGCUAGUCCCAAGUUGACUUCUCCUGAUUAUCCUUCCGGAGAACGAAAUUCUUGGGUUAAGCGGCAAAGUCAGGAAACUGGUGAUCGUGGUGGAAGGGGGAAUUUUAACUCUGAGAAAAGGUUUAGUGAACAGAGACUAAGUUUAGGAGACUUUCUUCAAAGUGAUACAAAGAAGGGAAUUAAAAAGAGGAGUCCAUUGCCUCGUGAUAGCAGUGCAAGGAUUAACAACAACAGUGUUAUUGUGCGUCAGACAUCAGGGACCCUUGAUAUUACAGAUGAGAAUGCUUUUCCUGUGGUAGGCUCUGUACCACAGCAGGAAAAACAGCCAAAACGAAGGAUUAAUCCAACUCGCAUCACUCCAGUGUCAGCUUCUCGUUCCAAUAAAUCAAACCCCUUUGGCCAAAAUUCAAAAAAUAUGUUUGGUUUCCCACAGGGUCAGUCACCUAGUACGUCUUUCAAUUCAGUGAGUGAAGAAGGAAGCAAAACUCUGGAGGAAGAACGGGAAAUGUUACGACAGGAGAGACUGAAAUGGCAGGAAGUGGCAUCCAAAGACAAUAAUUUUAAAGGUAGUGGUCAAGAUACACCACCUAACCUUCCUUUGCAGAAACCUAAUGGAAAGCCUUCUGAAUUCAAGGAAGCUACUCUCGAUCAGGUGACAAAGAAAGCCGUCCUUGAUGUGAUAGCCCAAGUGUAUGCGGAUCUCAUUUUAUGUAAUAUGGUGCCUAGUAUUAUGGUAGAGUUAUACUAUGUGAUUCAGUUAUUAACAGUAAGAGUAUUAGAUAGUGAGGAGAGUGACAGUGAUGAAGAUAGUGAAUCUUAUCUUGGAAACUUGCAUAACUGUGUUUACUUUUCUACAAAAGUCCUCUCUCACUUGUUAGAACUAAUCAAACUUCUAGACAGGACAACUAUUACUCUGUUAUCAGAAAAUCCUCGUAUUCAGUGCUUUUGUACAGACUUAGAGAAACAGUUGAUGAAGUUUCUGGAAAAUCCACCUCCUGAACCCCUCUUGAGUCAGCAACCCAAGUCACCAAUUGGUGGCGUUUCUUUUCAGUCAGACACAGAUAAUCGACAAAACUUCUCCUGUGAUCAGGCAUUUCACAUCUUUCGAAAACAAAGAGAUUCAUUUUAUGAGAUAAUUCGAAUAUGGGAAGAAAACCAUCUUACUCCAGGUUGGUCAUUCAGCCAAUCCCUUGGUCCUCGUAUACGUCACCUGCUGGCCAUGAGAGCAGACCCAACUAACUAUGCUCACUUUGCCCGAUUAUUCCAGUUGCAGCUACUUACUAUGUGCCGUGGAGAAGAUGUUCAAUUUGAUCCUAGUCAAGAUCCUGAAGAUUUGGGCUUUCUUACCUUGCUUAAAAAACAGCACCCAGAGAAGUACAAAAGGUUACAUGAAAGACUUGUGACUCCAUCAAAACUUGGUGGUCCAUGUCCAGCUCCUUCUUUUCCUGGUUCACAAGAGUUCUUCAAGGAAUUUAUAAUUAUAGCAGCCCAUGGAGCAUUCAAUCAGUUCUUGAAGGAUGUUCUUAUUUCUCACAUACUUAGGUUGAAUGAACAGGACUUCAUUGUAGUGGAACAGGAUGAAAGAGAUCCAGUUGAAAGCAUGGUUCACAUGGAGGCACGUUCUGUGGUACUGAAUUUGCGGCUUUUAGCCAAGUUCUUGGGAUUUGUUGAAUUUUUGCCUUAUCAAACCACAAAUCAUCUGUCAGAAAAUGUUAUUGCAACUCAUAUUGACCUUAGGAGUAAAGUUUGCCCGCCAUUAAAUUUGAAUGUUGCUCUGCGGCAGUGUGCUGCCUAUGGACGACUGGUUGUUGGGGUGACUUGGAUAGUGGAAUAUUUGAGUAUGGUGGAUCCAGUUGCAUUGCACUCAAAGCACUACUUGACAGUUGUCAUGACACUUAUUGCCAUUUUUAAGAUUUUGUACAUAACAAGUAUUGAGAUAGACACUGGAUGUCCACAGUGCAUGAAAGUUUCCCAUUCAAAGAACUUGGCUCCUUCUAACAGCUUGUUGCUCAAGUUACUUCUUGGAUGGCUCUUUGAUCUGCCAGCUUUCCCUGAUGGGUUAUUCUUUGCUGACAUUGCUGAGGCUGAUAUAGAUCACUGUGAAUACAAUCAGAAUUUGAAAACUAUUCAAUCCAAUUACAGUCACUUUUGUGUGUUAUGCCUGAGGCAAAUGCUGUCAACAGAGUACAAAGAAAAGUGCAUGGAAGCUAAACUACCAGUUUAUGGGAUAUGCACACCAUCUAAGAACAAAAUAGUAAAAGGGAAAAGCCUGGCAAAUACACCAGUCAAGCAGGUUGAAAAAGAUGUUGUUAUGUCUCCUAUGAAGACACCUUCAAAGUAUAUGGCCAUGAGUUUGCUUGAUACUCCAGAUACAACGCCCCUGAAACCAAGUGAUUCACAGGAUUCAACAGAACUAAUUGUUUGCCUGGAUAUAUCACAUUUUGUUGAUCAGCAGUUAAUCACCAUUUGCUGUCCUUUUGUGUGUGAAUUGAAAAACCUUCUGAAUGAUUUUUUGCUUGGUACUGGCUCUAGCAAGAACACUGGCUCUAACAGUUGUCGGAGAAUAACGCCUUUAUCUGCUUCAGAAAAAGAGGCACCUGGGAAAGCACAAAUUGAUAUUCAGCUUCAGCUCGAAGAGAACUUCUUCCACAACCAUCCAUCUUCAUUUAGAAAGACCACUGACUUUGUUAUUGAGCGUGUAUCUUCCAACAUUAUCAGAAACAUACGAUUGGUAGUGAUUCCUCAGCUCAGAGAAUCUGCUACUGAUAAGCUUAAAGCAACUGUGGAUUGUCAAGUACAGAAUUCCCCGGUGCUUGGUGAUUGCAAGAAAGAAUCGGUCAAGAAGCAAGUGAAUGAAUUAAGUACAGAAAUGUGUGCUCAGCUGAAAACCUACUGUUUGCAGCUCCCACAACAAGAAAUUCAAGAACAAGUGAACUCUGUUUUAAGUUUGUUGCUUCCAUCAGAUAUUACUCCUGAG